CCCUCCUCACCAAACUUGAACGGGGAAGAGCAGCGUCGGGCAGGUUAUAAGGAAGUGUGUGUGUCUGUCAGAGGAGCUGCCAACUGAGGGCCAUGGCCGGUGGGCUAGCUGGUAAGCUGGCAGUAGUCCUUCUACUGUGCCAAUCCGGAAUCAUCACUUCCUCCAAUGGCCUGAGGGUCAUCCCGCUCGAUAAUACUGACUGCUCCCAGGAGGGGAUCCAGUGUACAGUGAUGGAAAGCAGCUGUAUGGACAUUAGCUGGAUAAAGCCCUUCAAUUGGACCCCAUCUGCUCCUGAAAGAAUUGACGUGAAUCCAGGAGUGCGAAAAAAUGAACUAGGUCAUCGAGUACCAGUUCUAGAAAUCAAAUGGACAUUGGCCAAAGAUUCCAGUAUUUUGGAUCUACAGGGCGUGGAGCUGUCUGUUUUACAACACAGCACCAACCAGCAGACCUGUGUCCAGUUUCAUUUUGGAAAUCAGUUCCCAAGUCAAGUCAGCCCACGAGGAGAAGCGUGGCAAUUUGUCUUCAAUAACUUUGAAGUGGAGCGUAGCCAGACAUACGAUGUGACUGUCCAGAAUCUACCUCGACAGAAUAAUGCCAACAGCAAAGAACAAAGUAUUUAUAUUACAGAAUGCAUUGGAGAAGGAUUGGGGCUCACAGACAUUUGUUGCAAGUCAGGCUAUUGCUGGAAACCUAAUAUAAGUGUUGAGAUAAUUGGAAAUGAUUUAGUAAUGAACUUUGAUCCGUUGGAGGAGGCUGAAUUCUAUUCUCUAUUAGUAAUUAAUAACCACGUCCCUAGAUAUAACAAAAACUUGAUAAUUCCACAAGGAGCUAAAGGUUUGCGGCAGAACCAAACCAUUUAUCCUGCUCAAAUUAGUCCUGCCUGCUGGUAUGAUUUUCAGAUUUGGCCGCAUAUGUCUACCUGUCAAAACGACUGCCUCAGACUGAAUUUCAAAUCAGAAUGUACCUUACCAUCCCCCAAGCCAGUGAAACGGAUGUAUAUGUCAUGUAUCGCGGCUCCUGUUACCCUUCUCUUCUUUGGUUGUGUCCUCCUACUGUGCUGCUUGUGCGGUAACAUAACUCCUCCCCCUUCUCCUCCUCCCACUCCUCCUCCUCCUCUUCCCCACAUUAAGAAAGUUUGGCUAAUUUACUCGGCUGAUCACACUCGCUAUGUGAAUGUGGUAAUAAAAUUUGCAGAUUUUUUAAGGGGGGCAUGGGGCAUGGAAGUGAUAGUAGACCGUCUACAUGAAGGUGAAAUUGCGGAGGAAGGCCAUAUGACCUGGCUGUGUCAUCAGAAGAAGAAGAUUGAGGACUCAGAUGGUUCCAUACUGGUUCUUUGUUCGCGUGGAACACGAGAAAAGUGGAAUGCCAGGUUGACUACAGAUAAACAAAGAAUAACUCUGAGAAAGGACAGAGAGUUACAGGAUCUCUUUACACCAGCUAUCACCAUUAUCAGUGCCGAUUUCCAGAAUGGUUUGCAUAAUGAACAAUAUAUCAUAGCAUAUUUUGAGGAACUGAGUGAUUUACAAGACAUCCCUUCAUUAUUCAACAGCUGCCUCAAGUAUAAUCUUGUAAGGGAUCUGCAGGAUAUCUUCUUUCGUAUACAGAGGAAGGAGAGACAUUGUCCCAGAUCACAGUAUGAUGUUCCACAGGAAGGGGCUAAAGGUUAUGAAAACCUGAGAAAAGCUUUAAAGAGGUGCCAGGCCUGGCAGGAAAAGCAUUUGAAUUGGUUUAAUGAAGAGUGUUUACCAAACCUAGCCAAGGAAGAUGAAAGUGAAACAGAGCAAGAAGAAGGGAGUGAUACUAUUAGGUUUAGGCCUCUUCUUUGUGAUGAUGAACCUUGCAUCUCAAAGAUAACUCCAACCAUCAAUGAUGCUGAUGUUUCCAUGAAAGUGGAGCCUGUAACAGUAACUGGGCCUCCAAGCAUUCAUGUGGAACUAAACUUAUCUGAAGGCAGAUCUUCUUUACAAACACUGCAGCCAAUUACAGCGUCUGAAGUUGUGUCAACUUAUAUUCAGGAACCUUGCUUGGAAAUCUAUGUAGAGGAUCCAGGUCAAUUUGUCAGUCAGGAUUCAUUUGUGGAACUAGAUCAAACCUCUUCCAUUGAUGUAGAGGCAGCAGCACUGAGGUUCCUCCAAUUGUCCCAACCAGGCAUUGUGGAGCAAUAUAUGUCUUUACACAAGCCAAGUAAAGAAUCCCAAGAUGAGGGCUACGCUACUUGGAAUAACCGGAUGGAGCAUCAUUCAGUUCAGGAUGGCUAGUCCAUCAGCAAAAGAAUGGAUCCACAGGGCCAAGGAUACAGGUUUUUGUCUUUAAAAUGGUUCCCCAUCAGGUCCCAAUGCCUUGGGAUUUUGUAGCCAAGCAACUGACGAUUUAACUGGCCUCACAUUAUACACUAUAACUCAGACAGGAAAUAUUGAAAUCCAAUAACCCAGGGUUAAGAGUGGAGAGGUAUUAGUAAUCAAAAUAUAAGCCAAGUGGCAAAACAUAAAUGUUAAUCAGGCUAUAGUUCUGUGUAUGUAGCAAACAUGAUCUACAUUAAGCAAGUUUAGCUUGAGUUAUGCAGUAGUAACAACUCGACAAACAAAGAAGCCAGGGGUCGAGGCUGGAGAAUGCAGGAAGGAACAGCAAGUGAGUCACAACUGGAGUUCAGGAGAGUAGGAAGCACUGCUACAAGUCAACUAGCAGCUAAACCACAUAAUGAUAAAAUGUGAAUGGCAGAGUAACUUUAUAAAGGUUUGUAACAGGACUACUGAUUAGCGAAAGAGUUGGGACAUAUAGUUUCAUAGACAUUUUACCACCUAUAAACUGAGGCUAUAUGUCUUUCCUCCUCUCCACCAUUGUAUUCCAUCCUCCAGCAUGUUUUGCCAUUGUUGUUCUUACCCCUUUCCCACCUCUCCUCCACGAUAAUUCCAUUUCUCUCUCCACCCAUCUUCCGUGCCCUCUCUCCAUAAAAUGUUUCCCCUUUUCUUUUUUUCCUCCUCUUUUAUAUUAAGACUUUUAGUUUUUCUCCCCAUUUCUUUCUUAUAUGCUACCCCCCCCCCUUUUCUCCACCUUUUGUCUGUGCUCUCUGGAAUUUUCUCUCAUGUUCUUUUUCCCUCCCACUACAUGCUUCCACCUAUUGUUUCCUCCCCCUUCCUAACACCUCUGCUACUUUUGCCUCUCACUGUUUUUCAUUACCGUAUGGCUAUUUUUUCUUACUUUAUCACCAUUGAAGGGUCAGAUUUAAAGCCUCACCUUUUAUGCCAUGCUGCCAGAUUGGAUGGUGGUGCGGGAAUAUAGAAAGGAACAUCUUAUUAAUGGCUCGGAUAACUGUACAGCUCAUUACUGUGAGGCUCCUUAAUAUAUUCCUGUGAGCACUAUCGCAGUGAAACUCUGUCAUAUACUCAGUAUUGCAAUGGAGCUCUGAAAUUCACUCGUACACACAGCACACUACUGUAUUACAGGAAGCUUAGUGAGACAGUCUAGCAGACUGCAAAUAAUGUGAAUUUUAUUGCUGUAUCUUAUUCCCCAUCCCUGGCUCCAUGUCACCUAAAUUAAUAAUACAUCCCAAUGGCAUUUAAAGCAGAACUGUCACCCUCCCAUGCAAAAUUAGUAUUUCAUAAAGGCAGCGUCUUUUUGACAUACUCACAUUGACUGUGUUGGGAAUUGAUUGAAAUUCUAGCCCUGUCAAUAGAUAUAC